UGUCCAGCUCUUACCGUCAAUCGAUUCGUUAAAACAUUUCCCGACAGCUGUGUGACGUCACAACAGGACAAAAACACAACAUGCUCGUUCUCAUGUCCACAGAGAUACCAACUACAAGGUCCUUCUUCAACGCAGUGUGGGUUAAGUGGUCAUUGGACUAACAAUGCCAAGAAUAUUUCAUGCAUAGGUGAGUUUCGCUAACGUUAAUUGAUUUGUAAAUAACGUUUAUUAUUUGAUCGAGCAGGAAAACGUCUACAUCUGUCAGGAAGUUUACUUAUUCAUUCGGUUAAGUUUUCAAAAAGAGAUGCUUUUUAUUCGCAAUCUUAGGCCAUCACUGAAUAACUGCUUUUGUAACCAUAUUCGUGCUUAAAUGUUUGUUGUUAUUCAUUCAAAAUAUUUUCCCGAUUCUGAUUGGCUAAAAGCGCACGCAUAACUUACCAUAACCAGUUACUGAUGACCAAAUUUGGAAGAAUUUUGUUUUUAACGAGGAAAUGACGUCAAAAAUGCAGCGUUCUUGCAGGUUCAUACACCGUUAACCGAGAAGACCUGGGAUCGCGGUUGAGUUGUUUUGGUUGUUAAAACAAAAAAUAGAGGACAUUUCACUCGUUUCAAGAGUAAGAACUAGGCAAAAUUAUAGCUAAAAACAUGGCAAGAACAGGAAGAACACAACUCGAAGGGCGACAUCUGCUAUUUGGAGAAUAUUUGCGGAGCUGAACAACCCUAAACGUGCACUAUCGAAGGUGAACUUAACAUCUAUGGAUCGGAGGUAAACAUGUUUUAGCUUUGUUUUUAAACGAGGAAUUAUUUUGAAUGAAUAAUAAAACAAUUAUUGAAUUCGGCUUUCGUAUCAUAUGAAGAUUUAUAAUUUUUCAUAAGAUACUCAGCCUCAUUCAUUGUUAAUUAAAAGAUUUUUUCUUUGUUAGUAUACUGAUUACUCGUGACUCGAAACUCCUUAAUACAUUCAUAUAGUCUCCAUUGAUAGUCUUGAUAAUGUUGCUACGAUGAUUUUCUUUUGGCAUAACAUGAAUAUUCUGAUAAUUAUUAUUUAGCUGAAAGACAAUAAAAGAACAUCUUUUUUUUUUAAAUUAAAUCAGGUGCUUCUAUUAUCGGCCUUCCUUGGCUGUAAUUUACGCUGGAUUUGCCCCUUGUAAGGGAAUCUUAGAGAGCUUUAGAUUCUCGAUUUCCACGCCAUGAAUUCCAGAUUUUAGGUAGUGGUUACCAGAAUCUUUGUCAGUCGAACUGGGAUUUCGGAUUCCAAACGUCAAACAAGGUUUCCGACAAUUUAUCUAAGUAUAAAGCAUCUGGAACUAGAAAUCACCAGAAUUUAACUAAAUGUGCCUUUUCUUUGAAAAGCUACAAAUGCUCCACGGUGAGGGUCAGCAGAUUCAGUCAAAGAGUCCACCGUGGGCCUUUGA